AUGCCGUGCCAGGACAUCAAUGUGGGCUCUGGCGUGCUAUUUGAAUUGAACAAGUGUCAGCGUCGAGGGGAAACAGCGUCGAAGCUGUCGUUGCCGCCCGUGGCCCCCGCCUCUCAGAUGUUGUUGUACAGCAUUUGCAUGUCCCGCCAGUCCAACUACGGCGCGGCGGACGCUCUCAAAACUCAAAAUAUUAACACUUUAACGCCAAGUUUUUUAUCCGGCUGCCGGAAACAGACAACACAAACAUACACAGGCAUACACACACAGACACAACACAAAUACUGAGCCCUCGGCGGCGGCGUCGGCAAAACGCCAUGUUGGAUUAUUCAGCUCGACGCCAUUUCGCGUCACAAUGCGCGCUAUGCGCCGCCAUCAUUGCACUCGACAGCAAACGGCACGGCACACGGCAGCAGCAACAGCUAUGACUAUGACUAUGACUAUGACUACGGCUCUAGCUUCAGCACAACAACGUUAGUGGCCCACCCGGCGGAUGAAGUUGCAAUUCAAAGUCAUAAACACGUGGAGCGUGGGCGCAAAGUCUCAGCUAAGCCGCGAAGCAGGCGCUGCCACUUUGAGGAAGCCGAAACUGGAGCCAAACUUCUGCUCCUUUUGCUGCUACUGCUACUGCCACUGGGACUGGGACCCUGCCCCCCAAACUUUCCCCAGCCGGACAUGUUUCUUCUAACCCAAUGA